AUGAGCCUGAUUUUGCAGUUGAAUUUGUGAGUUUCUUCAAAAAACAUUCAGACUAUGUAUUUUCAAUACUUACAGAGAUAUUUUGAAGCAAUACCUCGAGUCUAUUGAGAAAAAUGUGGACACUUUGAAAGUGAAACAAAUUGUGAGUUUGCUAGCUAAGUAUUUCGCUGUACGGAAGUUCGCGGUAGGCUAACUACGUCAUUCCAGGCUUACACGGUCUUUGCAGUUUUGGUUGCUAUCUUAGCAUUUGUGAAUUUUAUAAUGGGAGUUGUUAGAAUUCCUUCAAUGGAAAACCCGAAGACUGAGGAAUCAAAGAAAUGA